AUGCUUCCUCCAUUGGUUUCUGACAAAAAAGGAACGAUUGUUCUUCACUUGGACGAAACCCUGGUGCAUUCAAGCCUUGGCCCGCCUCCACCAAGGUACGAUUUCACAGUUUCGAGAAAUAAAGAUGGGGUGACAAUAAAUUUCUACGUUUUAAAACGACCUGGGGUGGAUGAGUUCCUGGAGAUGAUCAGCAAGAAAUACGAAGUUGUUGUGCUCACGGCAGGGCAGGAAGCGUAUGCAUCGAAAGUGCUGGAUACCCUUGACCCAAAGGGAUUCAUAUCGCACCGUGUUUACACGGAUUCAUGCAAACAAGUGCGAGGGAAAUUCGUGAAGGACUUGUCAGAGAUGGGGAGAGACUUGAGGAAGAUUGUGAUCGUCGAUAAUAACCCACACUCUUUUGCAUUGCAACCUGAAAACGGGAUCCCCAUAAAACCCUUUUUCAGUGAUGAGAUUUCGGACAGGGAGUUGAUGAAGUUGGCGGGGUUCUUUGAGAGAUGUGAUGUUUUUCAAGACAUAAGAGAUGCCGUGAACCAGUACCUCAGAGAUGUUAAAGAAUAA